AAAGUGUUAAAUUGUUGUUUUUGUGUGAUGGAUUUGAUAAGAAAUAUCAUGAGCGAACCACAUUUAUGCAGGGAAAAGAAAAGUCGGUAUUUCAAUGGGAGUCCUAAAAGACACAGCGAUCGCAUGAAUACCAGUGCGAGUACGUUGAACGAGAAAAAGUCGGGCUAUGACGACUUUUUGGACAUGCAGCACUUACCUCCAAGAACUGCAGUCCAGCCACACACCUUGUCGUCCGUUGAAAGAUCGAACAGCACUGGUUCGUUUAUAAACCGGAUUCUGCACCCUACGAGUAAAUGCAGCUCUCCAUAUACUACAAUCAAGCAAUUAACUUUUCCUCUUUCAUCCGCAUCGCAAUACUCCACCUGUGAGGAUGAAGAUAGGUUUCCCCAUAUGCUCCACUGUCGUUCUAAAGAGUGCACAGCAAAACGAGCCAAAUUUCUAGCCUGGGCUAAAAAGCAUUUCUGUGACGAAUGCUUAUUGUUUUCGAUACAAUACAAAAAGUGGAAGGUUAAAGCAACGAAUGCUGAGCGAGAUUCCGAUCAGAUCUUGAGUGAAGGUGUUUUACUGUUAUUCACCUACAUCGUAGAUACUUCUGUCAACCAAGUGAAUAUCCCCGAUGAAUACAAACGAGAUGCUAGCAGGGCUGGGAAAGUUGGCGAUAUCGACAAAUUUAGGCAAAGCAUGGAUGUGAUAGCUAAUUUUAUCGAUUCCUUUAUCGAACUGGGCAUCCAUCGAGAAUUUAGACGCAGUUGUCAUGUUUAGAUUGUUAAUCCUCAAGAAAUCCCAAAUGAAUAGUACAGACCACUUCCGAAAUCCUUAGAGAAGUUUAAGUCGAUACGAUGAAUAUGGUGCGAAAAAUGUGCGAAUAGAUGCUUCUCAAUUUGGCUGGAUACAAGCUUGCUUCCCGAACAUUUCAUGAAGUGUGACUCCACCGAAAUCCCGAAUGAUUAGUACGGACAACUUCCGAGAUCCCUGUAGAAUUUUACGUCGAGAGGAUGGAUAUGAUACGAAUUAUGUGCGAGAUGGAUAUUUCUCAAUUUGCCUGGAUGCUAGUUAUUUGCUUCCUUUGAAAACAGAAAAUAAUAACUACGAAUGUGAUUAAUCUUACCACAUUCGACGCGUGCGAAUAUGUACGAAUUAGGUGCAAAGUUUCUAUUUGGAUACAUGCUUUCUUCAUGAAGUGAGAUUGUACUCCACAUAUAUAUAUUCGACGUGUAAAUGUCACGAAUUACCGCUAAGACACAUUGAGCAAAGCAUCCGCGAUUGGUCCAUCAUAGCGAAGACACACAGAGCUGUACGUUCUGAAUUAAUUGCAAAUUUGUGCGCGCUCGUUGCCAAGUUCCUUUGCACCAAGCGAUGGUGAUUUGGGGCAGACUUGCAGAGUCGUCGUAGAGAUGUGUAAUUUGUUUGAAUUUAGUCAUAGCAUUUUUCACAUCCGCCUUUAGUCAUAACAUCUGUUCACAUCCGCCUUUAGUUAUAGCACCUUUUCAUAUCCGCCUAUUAAGAGUCGAAAUCGAAAUUAUAGGGUGACUGAAGCCCAUAUUAAAAUGCCUAGUCCAUGUAGCUUCUUGCUUCAGUAGCUGGUUCAUUAGAGAUCGUCGCUUGUAGAUGUUUAGUACCGAAUAGAUGAAUCAAUCACGCGCCUUUGCAAUGGAUUUUUCGAAUAUAUAUAUAUAUAAUAAAUUUUUCCCG